GAGGGCGAGAUGCCACAGCCAGGUGUCCCGGCGCUCUGAGGCCCCCACGGUCAGACGUCCCUGAGCUGACUCUCUCAUUGACACUAGGCUACCGGGAGGCUUCGGCUGGGACGUUUUUUGUGGGGGAGCCUUCAGAGCAGUCGUGAUGGCCAGCACCAGGAGUAUUGAGCUGGAGCACUUUGAGGAACGGGACAAAAGGCCGCGACCAGGGUCUCGGAGAGGGGCGCCCAGCUCCUCCGGAGGCAGCAGCAGCUCGGGCCCCAAGGGGAACGGGCUCAUCCCUAGCCCGGCGCACAGUGCCCACUGCAGCUUCUACCGCACGCGGACCCUGCAGGCUCUGAGCUCAGAGAAGAAGGCCAAGAAGGCGCGCUUCUACCGGAAUGGGGACCGCUACUUCAAGGGCCUGGUGUUUGCCAUCUCCAGCGACCGCUUCCGGUCCUUCGACGCGCUGCUCAUAGAGCUCACUCGCUCCUUGUCGGACAACGUGAACCUGCCCCAGGGUGUCCGCACCAUCUACACCAUCGACGGCAGUCGGAAGGUCACCAGCCUGGACGAGCUGCUGGAAGGUGAGAGUUACGUGUGUGCAUCAAAUGAACCAUUUCGUAAAGUUGAUUACACCAAAAAUGUUAAUCCAAACUGGUCUGUGAACAUCAAGGGUGGGACAACACGAGCCUUGGCUGCUCCCUCCUCAGUGAAAAGUGAAGUGAAGGAAAGUAAAGAUUUCAUCAAACCCAAAUUAGUGACUGUGAUUCGAAGUGGAGUGAAGCCUAGAAAAGCGGUGCGGAUCCUUCUAAAUAAGAAGACUGCUCAUUCCUUUGAACAGGUGUUGACCGACAUCACCGAAGCCAUUAAACUAGAUUCGGGGGUGGUCAAGAGGCUCUGCACACUGGACGGAAAGCAGGUUACUUGUCUGCAAGACUUUUUUGGUGAUGACGAUGUUUUUAUUGCUUGUGGGCCUGAAAAAUUCCGUUAUGCCCAAGAUGACUUCGUCCUGGAUCACAGUGAAUGCCGCGUCUUGAAGUCCUCUUAUUCUCGCUCCUCAGCUGUCAAGUAUUCUGGAUCUAAAAGCCCUGGGCCCUCCCGACGCAGCAAAUCGCCAGCUUCAGUAAAGAGGGGUGGACACCACUCCGGUGCCUACUCUGCAGCCAGAUCCCCAGUUAAUGGAACUCCCAGCAGCCAGCUGUCUACUCCUAAAUCAACGAAAUCUUCUAGCUCUUCUCCAACUAGCCCAGGAAGUCUCAGAGGAUUAAAGCAGAUUUCUGCACACGGCAGAUCUUCUUCCAAUGUAAAUGGUGGACCUGAACUUGGUCGUUGCAUGAGUCCUGAAGGUGUGAAUGGAAACAGGUGCUCUGAAUCAUCAACUCUUCUUGAGAAAUACAAAAUUGGGAAGGUUAUUGGUGAUGGGAAUUUUGCUGUAGUCAAAGAGUGCAUGGACAGGUCCACUGGAAAGGAAUUUGCCCUGAAGAUUAUAGACAAAGCUAAAUGUUGUGGAAAGGAGCACCUGAUUGAGAAUGAAGUGUCAAUCCUGCGCAGGGUGAAGCAUCCGAAUAUCAUCAUGCUGGUUGAGGAGAUGGAAACAGCUACUGAGCUCUUUCUAGUGAUGGAACUGGUCAAAGGUGGAGAUCUCUUUGAUGCAAUUACCUCUUCAACGAAGUACACUGAGAGAGACGGCAGUGCGAUGGUGUACAACCUGGCCAACGCCCUCAGGUAUCUUCAUGGCCUCAGCAUCGUGCACAGAGACAUCAAGCCAGAGAACCUCUUGGUGUGUGAAUAUCCCGAUGGAACCAAGUCCUUGAAACUGGGAGAUUUUGGGCUGGCCACUGUGGUAGAAGGCCCUUUAUAUACAGUCUGUGGCACACCGACUUAUGUGGCUCCAGAAAUAAUUGCUGAAACUGGCUAUGGCCUGAAGGUGGACAUUUGGGCAGCAGGCGUGAUUACAUACAUACUUCUCUGUGGGUUCCCACCGUUCCGAAGUGAGAACAAUCUCCAGGAAGAUCUCUUCGACCAGAUCUUGGCUGGGAAGCUGGAGUUUCCAGCCCCCUACUGGGAUAACAUCACAGACUCCGCAAAGGAAUUAAUCAGUCAGAUGCUUCAGGUAAACGUCGAAGCUCGGUGUACUGCGGGAGAAAUCCUGAGCCACCCCUGGGUGUCAGAUGAUGCCUCCCAGGAGAAUAAUAUGCAAGCUGAAGUAACAGGUAAACUCAAACAGCACUUUAAUAAUGCGCUCCCCAAACAGAACAGCACCACCACCGGGGUCUCGGUUAUCAUGAACACGGCUCUAGAUAAGGAGGGGCAGAUUUUCUGCAGCAAGCACUGUCAGGACAGCAGCCGACCUGGGAUGGAGCUGACCUCUCCAGUCCCUCCCUCAGCUGAGGAGCCCCCCGUGUCCGUGCCGCCAGCCCCGGCCCCUGCCCCUCCGGAAUCGCCUACACCCCCCUGCCCCCCUGCCGCUGCGGGCUGUGAGCGGGCAGGGACCUGGCGCCGCCACCGUGACUGA